AUGCCUAGAAGGAGUAAUCGGCUAAACCCUAACCGACCAUCAGCACCACAACAACAACAACCACGACCACCACCAAAAAUAAAUCCCUCAAUAAGUACAGUGCAACUUGAAGAAAUCAUAGCUCAAAGAAUUGUUGUGGCUCUAUCUAAUGUCACAAGAGAUGGAGUUAGAAAUGAAGGCCAUGUAGGGACCGCUAGAACAUGUACCUACAAAGAUUUUAUAAAUUGGAGGCCAAAAAUCUUUCAUGGAAAUGAAGGGGUAGUGAAUUUGACAAGGUGGAUAGAAAAGACAGAAUCCGUCUUUCGAAUAAGCUUUUGUCCAGAUGAUUGUAAAGUACGAUUUGCAGCAUGUACUUUCGCUGACGCAGCACUUACAUGGUGGAAUAUCCAUGUGAAUACAAUGGGAAUUGAUACUGCAAAUUCCAUGAAAUGGGAGGAGCAAAAAAUGAUGCUAGUAGACGAGUAUUGUCCUAGGGAGGAAAUACAUAAACUGGAACAAGAACUGUGGACCCUAACCAUGAAGGGUUCAGAGAUAAAAGCUUAUACCGCUAGAUUUAAUGAUCUUGCUGUAAUGUGUCCAACACUUGUGACCCCUGAAUAUAAAAAGAUUGAGCGAUAUAUCUGGGGUUUAGCAUCGCAAAUCAAAGGCAUGGUGAUCGCAUCAAAGCCUACAACUUAUGACAGCACCAAGAGGAUAGCUCAUCAGCUAACCCUCAUAGAGAUCCACGGAACAGAAGUGGUCUCAAAGACUGAGUCUCCCAAAGCUAGAACAAACAAGCGCAAGUUUAAUAAGAAGUAUCCCAAACAAUCAUCUGAGAAAAGACAAGAAGUGGCAACCAACUAUGCAGCCACAAUAGUAGUACCUACUCAACCAAAGUCUGCAUGGUGCAACCACUGGAACCGUCAUCACCCAGGUGACUGUUUUGUUUGCACGAAAUGCAAAACGAAGGGGCAUAAUGUUAGUUACUGCAGGAGUACAACACCUGCAAUAGUCAAUCAGCAAACAAAUACUGGAAUAGGUCGUGGCGAAGAAAGAAAGUGUUAUGAGUGUGGAGAGGUUGGACACAUCAAGAAAGAAUGUCCAAAGUUAAGGAGUUAA